AUGAGUGGAAGACCCUCUCUAAAUAACUCCCUGCCACCCGAGCUUCAUCCAUCUGGCCGAAACGAAUACACCUCUUUCGCGGCCCGCGAAGACUUAGACACCUCGCCGUCUACGCCAUCCGAUGUGGCGACUCUCGAUACACCCACCAAUACUCGAGACCCCGGAAAACAUCGAACUGCAGACCAAUUUGCCAAUGCCAAAGUCGCCAUUCCACGACUCGAACUCCCAGCCAUAAGCCACAAUGGCCGAGUAAGUCGAGCAUGUCACAACUGUCGCAAGCAGAAGAACAAGUGUUCCGGUGAGCGACCGACGUGCCAGCGGUGUCAAGAGCUCAACAUCCCCUGCGUCUACGUCGACGGGAAGAGGGAGAGAAAUGCCAAGCAUCUCUCUUCCGUGACCAGUCAACUCGAACAAUAUGAAAACCUGGUACGCGACAUCUAUCCCAAGGUCGACCAUGAGGUUGCUCGGCUCGUCGACCAAGCCCUUGGAAAAAUCUCAGGCCUUUCUCUGUCAUCACCGACCGCAGCCAAUGCUCCAGACGACAACAUCUUAGAACACGCGGCGCCAGCUUCGAUUCCAUGUAUGGAGCACACACUCGAAGACUUCAACGGAGAUGCCUCAUUGCAAGCAACCGGGUUCUUAGGUGAACAUUCAGCAAGGGCAUGGCUCUAUAGACUCAAGCGCUUCGUUGCGUCGAGUACCGACGACAGUCAGCCGAAUCAACAAUCCCACCUGUCACUCGCUUCCUGUGGCUUUUUCCUCGACGACUCCACAAUGUCUUUGGGCAACGGCCCUGACUUGCUCGCAUAUCCAUCACAAGUGGUGGCCGAUCAACUCGUCGACCGAUAUUUCAAAGUCGCGCAUUCGGCUUUUCCUUUCAUUGGCAAAGAGAUCUUCCUCAGCCAGUGCCGAUCCUUCUUCUCGCAAUCGGCCACCAUGCAGCCUGGUGUCAAAUGGAUGGCUCUGUUGAAUAUUGUCUUUGCAAUCGCAGCAAAACACUCUGGAGUCACGGGGGACCAGGAGCGGCUCGAUCACAAUAAUGACAUUGUGUAUUUCUCUCGGGCUUGGAAGUUGAGCAUGAAUGACUCCGCGCUGCUGGAGCAUCCGAACCUACAGCAGACGCAGAUAGAAGGACUGUUCUCACUGUACUUCCUUUCCACCGGCCAGAUCAACAGGGCAUGGCGAAUGUGCGGUGUCGCGAUCCAAUCGGCCAUGGCUAUGGGAAUUCAUCUGCGCAGUGACAGCUCCAAUAUAACGUACGUCUCCAAAGAGAUCCGAUAUCGACUGUGGUGGGCAUUGUAUCUACUGGAUACUCAGGUCUGUGUCAUGACCGGACGCAUGCCCAGGAUGCAGCGAGAGCACUGCACCACCCCCUUGCCGGUACCCUACCCGGAGGAUAGCUUUUGGGACGAUCAAGUCGCAGCGAUUCUCCGAGACAGACAAGCCCGGGCGAGUCUCGUGGGCUCGUUUCUCUCUUCCAGCCCUUCCGCUCCAGUGAGCCAGUCUAAUCUGGGCUUGGGGGAUAGACCUCGGCUAUCGUCAGCCGGUCAACGGCUGCGCCCUCAAGUAUCUCCAUACUUACUCUACUCCAUCGAGCUGGCAACUGUGAUGAGGGCCGCAAUCGAGAUCCUAUACACUCCUGACGCGGCGAAGAAAUCUGGAAUGGAGAUCGCCCAGGCAAUGAAGUCUCUGGACCUGACAGCCGACAACUGGUUUGCCCGACUUCCUGCGGCAUAUCGGUUCGCGGACACUGGUGACGAGAUUGACGUUGCCCCCCAGCGUACGAGCCUGGCUUUUCAAUACCUCUCUACCAAGCUGGUCAUUUCCCAACCUGCUCUACGUCUAUAUACGGUCGAUGAAGACCCGUCCCAGUCUUUGAAUCACCAAAUGAGGACCAUCUGCUUCCACAUCGCCGCCCAGGUCGUGGACAUGCUGCCUGAUGAGCCUGAUGUGACCUGGCUCCUGGGCUGCUGCCCCUGGUGGUCCGCCCUCCACUACAUCACCCAAAGCAUUGUCGUCCUCAUCACCCAGUUGCUGAUGUGGAAUACGCCGCGGGGUGAAGUUCACGCCGACCCAUUAACCCGCAUCAAAAAGGUUCUCCGAUGGCUGAGUGAGUUGUCUACCCGGGAUCCCACCUUCGAACGUGCGUGGCUUAUCUUCACGGAGCUUCUGUCGUCCCAAGGAUUCAAUGUGUUGGUUUAA